UCUUAAAAUAGCAACAUGAAGAAAGUGUGAUCCAUCAGGAUACUUAUAAACAGAACUUCCCGCCCAAAAGUUGUAAACCGCCAUUAACAAACUUUGCAGUUGAGCUUUCCAAAAUCCACCAUUGAAGAUGACAACUCCAACUCGUCUAGAAGAUCUAGAAUCCGCCAUUGAAGAAGUAUCUACUCGUCUAAAAGAUCUGAAAUCCAUCAUUGAAGAAGUUUCUACUGAUCAAAAAGAUCUAAAAUCCACCAGUGAAGAAGUUUCUACUCAUCUAAAAGAUCUAAAAUCUGCCAUUAUAGAAGUUUCUACUCAUCAAAAAGAUCUAAAAUCUGCCAUUGAAGAAGUUUCUACUCAUCUAAAUGAAUCGAAUCCAUCAUUGAAGAUGAGCACUCCAACUGAAGAGGUUUCUAGGGAGAAAGGACAAGUCUCUGCUGAUCGAAAAUCCAACAUUGAACAAGUUCGUACUCAUCUGAAAGAAUCCAACUACGAUCAUUGGAUUUCAACUGUGACUAAACUGGCGGAAUGGCUCUACCGUUUCUGCGACCAGCAUUUCCCGUCAACUACACAACAGAGAAUCUCUGACAUCGAGCGUCAAAUUGAUUUGUGCAUCAAAGUCCUUGAGUCAGUUCCUCAAGAGAAGAGGGAAUUAAGUCAUGAAAGUUCGAUGUUCGAGUAUCUAAAAGGAAGGUUGUAUAAUGCAGUUCCUGAUGUUUACAAGGAGAAAGCAGAGCGUUAUCUAGUGAACGCGACUCAAUUGAAUCCGUUUCUGCUGGAAGCUUGGGAUUGCCUCGCCCUCUGCGUUGCCAAGAAAGGGGAUUACAAAAGAGCUAAAAACUGUUAUAAGUUUGUCCUUAAAAUGGGUGGAGAAAGUGCCAGAAUUUUACGUCAAAUUGCACACCUUGAACUGAUAAAUGCACGAGUUCCUGGAAAUCCAGCCAAGCACGUUGACAAAUGCAUCAAAUAUGCCCAAAGGACACUCGCUCUGGAUGACAAGGAUGGAGGUUGUUUAUAUAUCUUAGGAUGUGCAUAUUUCACUUCCUUUCUUCUGAAUGGAGGAUGGGAUCACAAUAAUCUUCAAGUGGCAUUUGGGGAAUACGAGAAAGCUAUGAAAAUUGAUGCAAUGAAGUCAAGCCCAUAUCUUCAAUACGACUAUAGCACGGUGACUAGAUAUCUGGAGAACUACAAGGAGUCCCUAAUUGGAUUUUCAGAUGCUGUAGUAAAGAAUCCUGCUAGUGAUGCUUCACAUCAAGUGAAAGUAACGCUCCAGCUUCUUAACAAAUUAAAAGAAUUACUCCAGGGUAAGCAUAAAGACAAGAGUAAGGGGAAGAAUAAGAGAAAGAGUAAGCGAAAGAGUACGGAAACAAGCUUGUCUUCCCUGAUCCAAUCACUUGCUAAUAUUGAAUUGAAUCCUUCAUACAAGAGAGCAACCGUGGAUCUCUUAACUGAAGGCCAUAACAAACAGAUUGAGGUUAUAGCAGCUGUACGGUGCUUAGUUAAGUAUGAGUAUAAAGCUCCAUUAUACUAUAUGCUUUGUGACUCUGAUGAGAACAGUUUUGUACUUGCAGUGUUCGGCAUACAGAAGGAAGCAAUUAAACAAGGAGAUCAGGUCACACUAUUGGAUCCCAUUUGCAAAUUUGUUGAUUUUGAAUGGGAAGGAAAGCACUAUGAAUUCAAGUCUGUGCGAGUUAAUCUUCUGGAACAAGUCCUUGUAAAUGGAAAUCCCCUGCCUCCUAGUUCUGCCAUGCGUGACUCAAUUAUGCAGAACUGAGGGUAAAAUACUCGUCUAUUAAGCAGGUGUGGGAACAUUAAAUGAGAUAAACUCUACUGGCCGUGUAUUUUUUUUUUUCAAUCUGAUCUGACAGUGUCAUUUCCUUGAGAUGAUAUAUUUCUUUGAUAUUGGACAUAGAUGACUAGUAUAAAGUGAAACUUGUGUUCACUUUUGUAGUUCUUCCGUCAAAUCCUAUUGUUUGUAGUACUGUCCUGCUAUGUUUUGCACUACUGUCUUUUAAUUGAAACUUGGAGUUAUA